AUGAACGAAACCGCACAAACCGCGAAUUUGGCAAAGAUUUAUGCACCAGGCCUGCUCAACGACGUGUCGGUGGUCGAAGAAGGUGACGGGACGACACACUGCUGGUAUUUGGGAUAUGGCUCAAAUAUGUCCGAAACGAGUUUCCUCCGACGGCGCGGAAUUCGACCACUCAAGACUGUCGUCGUACACUGUCCGACCCUCGACCUUGCAUUCAACCUUCCAGGCCUGCCUUAUGUCGAACCUCGUUUUGCCAACGUAAUCCGGUAUGCAGACGAAAAGGAAAUCUCGGCUGCACCUGAACAUCCCUGGGGCAAGGGACUCAUCGGUGUCGCAUACUAUGUGACAGUAGAAGAGAUGGCAACGAUCCUCAGGACAGAAGGCGGAGGGUCGAGCUACCAAGUCAUCCAAGUCGACUGCCACGAGAUACAACCUGAAAAGGCGCAAAACGGGGAAGCGAUCCAGGUUAAUGGAGAGACUGGAAAACGACGGACGAUCCGAGCCAACACGCUCUAUUGCAGUGACCCCGCACGACUGAGAACGCAGCUUGGACAGCCCUCGCCACGGUACAUGAACCUAUUACGCACCGGCGCUCGAGAGAAAUCGCUUCCUGAGGAAUACAUCAAGUAUCUAGACGCGGUCGAUACGUACCGCCGUACCAGCAUCCGCCAAACGAUUGGCUUGACCAUCUUUGUCCUCAUGAUCCUCCCAUUCUUCCUCUUUGGGGUCGUACUCGGUCGUAUCUUUCAAAAGAAGAAUGGAGAAGCGCCGAAAUGGGCUCAGAAGAUCACGCGCACUGUAUUUGGUGCUGGCUGGAAAGCGCACGACGCCAUAUUCAGACCCAUCUUUGGCAAUGGAGAGGUUUCGUCCAACUAA